AACCCUACGAGCCGAGUUAAGGUGCAGUGUGAACAGGGAAUCGGAAAUCCGGAUCGUCGACGACGAAGAAGAAUUCGAGUCGCGCUCGAGGUGGACCUCCUCUGCCUCUGCCUCUGCCAUCGCCAUCGCCAUCCCUCGCUCGCUCGCUCGCUGCUUCUUGUGCUGCCUGUGCUCGACGCCAGACCGAGGCCAUGGCCUCGACGACGAGUGCCGCCUGCUGCGUUUCGUCCGCGUUUGCUUCCGCCGCCGCACAGGCCGUGCCGAAGAAUGGCGCCCUGGCGAUGACUGCAAUUCCGCCCCGGUCCAAUUCCUCUCGUUUGCGUUUAGAUUGUCGAGAGUCGAGCAGGGUUCAGUCGGUGGUCGUCGCACGUCCAAAAUUCGUGCCGUCGAGUGUCGCUGUCCGAAGAACCAAGAAAUUUCUGGCGGGAGUGGUCGCAAUGGCAACUGCUGAGACAGUUGAGAAAAAUGCAUUGGACGAAUCGUCGUCCUUCACCCCCUCGAAAGUGGACCUUCUUGUCGUGGGACCCGGAGUUUUGGGAAGUUUGGUUGCACAGCAAUGGUUCAAGGUGAACGAGGGAGAGUGCAACGUUGUUGGUCAGACAAAUAGUACGAAUCGCCAUGAGGAGCUGCGGAGCCUUGGCAUUAUACCUGUCGCCAAAGAUGCCAGUAAGGGGGAGAAAUUCCCAAAUGUGAUAUUCUGUGCUCCUCCUUCAGGGAGUGCAGAUUAUGCUGCUGAAGUCAGGGCGGCCGCCGAGAGAUGGAAUGGAGAAGGAUGUCUGCUAUUUACGUCCAGCAGUGCCCUGUAUGCCGUUAGCGACAACGGUGUCUGUGACGAGGAGACUGCUCCCAUAGUCCCGAAAGGAGCUGGACCCCGUACUGAUAGAUUGCAUGGAGCAGAGGAAGAGGUCCUGAAGGUCGGAGGCAAUGUUGUUAGACUGGCCGGACUAUAUACUUUGGAGCGGGGAGCUCAUAGCUAUUAUCUUAGCCAAGGGACCAUAGCACAACGACCUGACCACAUAGUGAAUCUCAUCCAUUACGAGGAUGCGGCUUCUCUUUGCGUAGCCAUCUUAAGGGCUGAACACCGAGGUCAAAUUUUUCUUGGAUGUGAUAAUCAUCCAGUUUCAAGGCAGGAAAUUAUGGAUGCUGUUAACAAAAGCGGAAAGUAUGAUAAGAAGUUCGAAGGAUUCACAAGCUCUGAGGGACCCUUGGGAAAGAGAAUGAACAACAAUCGAACAAGACGGAUGACUGGCUGGGAACCGAAGUAUGAGAGCUUCCCCAGCUUUUUGGGGGUCACCUUGUGAUAGAAAUUGUUGAUUUGCCCGAGUACAAUCUGUAAAUCAGUCACAUUCGUCUGUAAAUUACAGUCAACUGUAUUUAUCUAGGGCUCGGCUCAUGGAUAUACGUGAGGAGGUUGUAACAUUUCCAGAUAACAUGUCAAUAUUUCACAGCUGAUCCGGCUUAUCAAUUACGUUGGUGGAUGGAAUCGAGUCCUACUUUUACCUCACUCCUUUG